ACACGGUGGUGAGAGUGUGUGUGAUGAUCGUGCUCGAAGUUUUCGCCGUGAGACUCGGUGAAUUGUGAUAGUGAAGCUCAUGAGGCUAAAUCUUGCAUAAUGUCGCACAUAUUUGGUGCCAAUGGGUGCCAGGCGGACCAGGGGGUGCCCGACAUGACGGUGCUCUCAGACAUCGACGAGGCGGCCGUCAACACCAACCUGCGCGUGCGAUAUGCGCACGACCGCAUCUACACAUACAGCGGCAGCAUCCUGGUCGCCGUCAACCCAUACAAGACACUUGACAUCUACGGCCCUGCCUCAGUGAGGCGCUAUGAGGGCAAGAAGCUCGCAGAGGAAGAGCCUCACGUCUUCGCCGUGGCAGAGAGCGCCCUCAGGGCGCUGCAGGCGAGCGGCAAAGGCGAGGGCCAGAACCAGAGUUGCGUGAUCUCAGGGGAGUCUGGGGCGGGCAAGACGGAGUCGACCAAGUUCAUCCUGCAGUACCUCUGCUCGGUGACGUCCGGUGUCAGCACCUGGGUGGAGCAGCAGAUCCUUGAGGCCAAUACCAUCUUAGAGGCCUUCGGUAACGCGAAGACUAUCCGCAACAACAACUCUAGCAGGUUCGGCAAGUUCAUGCAGGUUUGUUUCGACCCUUCAUGGCACAUCAAAGGCUGCGUGAUGCAAGACUACCUGCUGGAACAGUCACGCAUUACCUUCCAGGGCAGCAGUGAGAGGAACUACCAUGUCUUCUACCAACUCGUCGCCGGCGCCAAGAAGAACAAAGAGCUGGCAGACCAGUACAAGAUAGACCCCCAGACCACGUACUCAUACCUCAACCAGUCCGGCUGUUCACAAAUAGAAGGUAUGGACGACACCGCCAAGUUUGACGCCCUACGUCUCGCCUUCAACGUCCUACAUGUCCCGCAGGAUACCGCCGACGGCAUCUACUCUACCAUCUCGGCCAUCCUGUGGCUCGGCAACCUAGAGGUGAGUCAUGUCACCCAUAUACCUUUUAAGGUCGGCGAGGCGCGAGAGAACAGACACGCGAUGGCCAAGACGCUCUACUCGCGUACCUUCGCCUGGCUCGUGGACCACAUCAACAAGUGUACCAACCCGGGGCACGACCAGGCCAGGUUUCUAGGUGUGCUCGAUAUCUUCGGCUUCGAGAACUUCGAUGUGAACAGCUUCGAGCAACUCUGCAUCAACUACACCAACGAGAAGCUGCACAAGUUCUUCAACCAUUACGUCUUCGCCCUCGAGCAGGAAAUUUAUGAACAAGAGGGUCUGAAGUUCCGGCACAUCGAGUUCACGGACAACUCCGUGUGUCUGGAGCUGCUGGAGAAGCCUCCGCGCUGUAUCCUCAAGCUCAUUGCUGAGGAAUGUCGCAUGCCAAAGGGGUCUGACAAGUCGUACCUGAUGAAGCAGCACCAGGAGUUCGACGGUCACCCCAACUACAUCAAGGGAGAAGACCGUCGAAAGUGGGAGCUACAGUUCGGCAUCUGCCACUACGCCGGCGAGGUGCUGUACUCCGUGGCAGGGUUCGUGGAGAAGAACAAAGACACGCAGCAGGACGUGUUCUUCGAGCUCCUCGCACAGUCCGAGGACGACUUCGUGGGAGACCUCACCAGGUUCCAGGACCUGCUAGGCUGCACCAUCGCCCGUAUGGGCAGCGUGAACAGCACGGUGUCGCGGGGCACCAGCAAGGGGAAGCCUACGGUCUCCGACGCCUUCAGGAACCAGCUACAGGCCCUCGUGGACGUCCUGCAGGCGUCCCAGCCAUGGUACGUACGGUGCAUCAAGCCGAACAGUCGUAAGGCUUACGACAGUUACGACGACGCGCUUGUGCUGGACCAGCUCCGCUACCUCGGCAUGAACGACAUCAUCCGCAUCAGGAGGGAAGGCUUCCCCAUACACAUGACUUUCCCGGCCUUCAGGCUGCGAUACUUCUGCCUUCACCGACGCCGAUAUAUCAAGGAUAUUAGGGAGCACGUCAAAGCCAUCAUGGGGGAGCUGCGGGGGGCGUCGCCCAGGGACUGGCAGCUCGGCAAGACGAAGGUGUUCCUGCGUCAGCGUGUGUACGAGGCCCUCGAGGACUUGCGUUCCUCCAAAGUAUUAAAGGCCACCCGCGCCAUCCAGACCUGGUAUCGCUGCCACCGCCAUCGCCGCCAGUAUGGCAGGUGGCGUGCGGCGGCGGUGCUCAUCCAGCGGCAGUACCGCGCCUGGCGCCUGCGGCUGCUCUUCAUGAAGCGCCGCCGCGCGGCCAUCGUCAUCCAGUCGCACGUCAGGGGCAUGUUUGCACGCGAG